AUGGUUGGAAAAAUUUUGUUCUAUAUACAUUUUGGACUUGUCUUCCACGUUGUGAUUUGUUUUAAGGAUACUGUCGAAGUGCCACGUUUUGAAGAUAGCUUAAACAACCUGACAGUAUCAUUAGGAAGAGAAGCUGUAUUUACGUGUGUCGUCAAUGACCUCGGCAAUUACAGAGUGGCGUGGCUACGCGUGGACACGCAGACGAUCCUGACGAUCGCCACUCACGUGAUCACGAAGAACCAUCGUAUCGCGGUUAACCAUAGCGACAGGCGAGUGUGGUUUCUACAUAUACACGACGUGCGUCAAUCCGACCGCGGUUGGUACAUGUGCCAACUCAACACCGAUCCUAUGAAGAGCCAGACGGCGUAUUUAGAUGUCGUAGUCCCUCCAGAUAUUUUGGACUACCCAACGAGUAGCGACCAAGUUGCACGAGAAGGUGCUAAUGUGUCACUUCGAUGUGCGGCUCAUGGGGUGCCAACUCCAACUGUUGUAUGGAGGAAGGAGGCUGGGGAUUUAUUACCCACGUCAAACUUCAGUGACACGCAAAACUCGUCGGUAAGUGGCGCCGUGGUGCACUUAGUGAAGGUGUCGCGAUUGCACAUGGGGGCGUACCUCUGCAUCGCGAGCAACGGCGUGCCGCCCUCUGUCAGCAAGCGGGUCAUGCUCGUCGUUCACUUUCCACCUAUCAUGACAAUACAAAACCAACUGGUAGGCGCGAAUGAAGGCGACACGGUGCAUCUUGACUGUCACUCUGAAGCUUUCCCCAGGUCCAUCAACUACUGGACUAUCAAUGAACAAAUCAUAUCACAAACCGAUAAAAGGUUUGAAGUAAUAGCUGUGGAGCGCGGCUACGAAGUGGACAUGCGCUUGAAAAUAAAGAAAGUAGGUCGCAGUACCUUUGGCACGUACAGUUGCAUAUCAAAAAACUCCCUAGGCGACACCGAUGGGACUAUUAAAUUGUAUCCUUUAUCUGGUAGAUUUGAGGAGAUGCAAUACAAUGAAGUAGGAGACUUUGAAGAAACGCCCGAUGUGAGCGAGUUAGAGGCGUUAAAACGAAGCUCGGCGAGUGCCCUCGCACCAGUACUCACUCUCAUAGCCAUUAUUGCCAUAUUA